CAAAGGAGAGAAGAAGAGAGAGCUUUUCUUUCUUCCUUCUCUGCCCUUUUCUCCUUCUCUUCGCCCACUAAGAACAAGACACGCUCUCUCUCUCUCUCUGUUUCUUGGUCGGACUCGGAGCUCAAAAACCCUUCCGCCAUUUCUCUCCUCCCUUCUUCCUCCUCCUUCAUUCCCACCGUCUCUCGAGCUCCUUCUCCAAUGGACGAAGACGACGAAUUCGGAGAUCUCUACACCGAUGUCCUCCAGCCUUUCUCCAACUCCUCAACCUCCGCUCUACCGCCGCCACAGCCGGUGCUUCAGCUCCAGCCGAAACGGGCUUCCCCGCCGCCGCCGCCUCCCUCGUCGUCAUCCGUCGAUCUCAAUCCCGACGACGAUGACGAGAUUCUCUACGGCGCAUCCGGGCGUGGUGAUCAAACCCUAGUGAAUUCCGCCCCCAAUUCGAGGCCCGAUGGAAAGCUCUCGGUCAUGGUCGGCGGCGGUUCCGAUUCACGAUUGGGGAUUAAUAAUAAGGGUUUGGAGGCGAGGGGAAUUUCCACCGAUUUUCUAUCCGGGGAGCCGGAUAAAGAUUUGGAUUUUGAUAUCGAGGAAGGUGGGAAUGCUGGGGAGGAUUCGGGUCUCCUCAUUCCUGGACUUGGGGUUGAUAUGGUGGAGGACUCGAAGCAGAAUGGAGCGGCGGCGGGUGUUGGUGGCAUGGGUGGCAGCGGCCGAGGGGUUAAGGAGGGGGGAGAUGAAGAGUGGGACGAGGAAGACAGUGAUAGUGAAGACGAUCUGCAGAUAGUGUUGAACGAUACUGGGCCGAUGGGAAUGGACAGAGGCAUGAUGGGCGAUGGAGAAGAAGAUGAAGAUGACGACGGCGACCCUUUGGUGAUUGUGGCAGAUGGAGACCCGAACCAGGGUAUGGGGGAGCCGGAUUGGGGCGGCGGAGAUGAAGCAGCGGCUGAUGCUGGAGGUGAAGGAGGGGACAAGAAGGAAGGAGGAGAGGCAGCUGGGAAAGGAAAUGCUAUGGUGGCCGGAGCGAAGAUUGGAUAUAACAAUCACGGAUAUCAUCACACAUUUCAUUCCCAGUUUAAGUAUGUGAGGCCAGGUGCAGCACCAAUGCCAGGUGUUACCACUGGUCCUCCUGGAGCACCAGGUCAGCUUCGUCCUCCGAUCAGCUUAGGUUCUAUGCCGGGUCGGGGUAGAGGUGAUUGGCGCCCAAUGGGUAAUAAAAGUGGCCCUCCAAUGCAAAAGGGCUUCCCAGGUUAUGGUGGAUGGGGCAACAACAUGGGUGGGCGUGGUUUUGGUGGAGGACUGGAUUUCACACUUCCUUCUCACAAGACAAUAUUUGAUGUUGACAUUGACAACUUUGAGGAAAAGCCUUGGAAAUAUCCUGGUGUUGAUAUAACAGACUUCUUCAACUUUGGGUUAAAUGAGGAAAGCUGGAAAGAUUAUUGCAGACAGUUGGAACAGCAUCGUUUAGAGACUACCAUGCAAAGCAAAAUCCGUGUUUAUGAAAGCGGGAGGGCUGAGCAGGAAUUUGAUCCUGAUUUGCCCCCAGAAUUAGCAGCAGCAGCUGGAGGCCAUGAUGUUUCAGUUGACAAUUCAAAUAUCGGAAAGACGGAUUUGGGCCAAAGUGAUUUAGCAAAAGGAUCUGCUCGUGCUCGGCCACCUAUACCAACUGGUAGGCCGAUACCAGUUGAGACUGGUUUUAGUGACCGCCAACCCUCCAUCGACACUCGGCCACCUCGUCUUCGUGAUUCUGAUGCAAUCAUCGAGAUUCAACUGCAGGGCUCACUUGAAGAUGAUUCCUCAGGAAAUGAUGCUCUUGAUGGGGAGAACUCAGGAGGGAGCAAUAGAGGUAGUCGGGUGCCUGAUGAUCAUGAGGUGAUGGCACCAAAAGCAGAAGAUUUUGUUGAUCCCUCACAGGCUCAUCCCAACUUAAAGGGCGGAAGAAAGGCUCCGUAUAUGGAUAAGGACACUGAUGGAGAUGUGCCUCGUGCCUCUCAAUCUGACGCACCAAGUAGAUAUCGUCCCAGUUUUAGGGGCCAGGCUCCUGUCUACCCUGGUGGAGAUUUGGGCACUUCUCAUGAAGAGAGGCGGAAACAAAGAACAAAUGGCAGGUCUCCUCAUUUGACUUCUAGUAGAAGCGCAGACGAAGAGUCGGUUGAAAGCAUGGGUGGCGACGGCAGGCGUAGUAGUCAGCAGUUAUCAUCUCCCACUAAUGGCAGGGAGGUAAGAGAGUCUAGCGUCGGAGACAAGGAUUGUCUUGAUGCUGUGGGUGACUUCUUACCAGCUGAAGGAAGCUCUGGAAUAGCAAAGGGUGGAACUGGGCCAAAUGACUUUGGGAAAGAUAGAAGUACAUAUCAUUCCAAAAAGAAACAGCGAGUUGAGCGUUCCUCUGAUAUACCACUCCAAGAAGACGAUGCUCAGGAAGAGGAGGAUUCUAAAGCUGCUAGAAGCAGUGAAAACAGUAAAGCAAGGUCCAGCAGUAGUAGCAAAGACUAUCAUCAGAAAUGGCAGGAUGGUGUUGACGAUGAAGUCGUUCAAGGUGGUGGGCGAUCUACAUCUAUCCGGCCUGGCAGCAGCAUCAAGAGGCAUCCUAAAGACAUGGAUGGAAGGCAAGAGACAGAAAGAAGUCGUGUAUUGAGUAAAAGCAGGGAAGGUUCCUAUACUCGCAAGGAAUUGGAUCCUAGCAUUGUAGGCAAUCACUUGCAGUCCAAAGGCGAGGGCUAUGAUCGAAGAAAGGAUCGUGAUAAUCUUGAUGGAGCUUGGCAGCAGCGGAGACAGGAAGACUCUAGUGUUCAUAACAGGAAGACCAAACCUGAAGAGAUGAAGAAAAGGGAACGUGGAGAUGAAAUAGGAUCAUCCAGGCACAGAAAGGUUCGAGAAAGUGAGAGGAGUGAGAAAGAUGAACAUCUGAUCUCGAGGAAGCAACUGGAUAAUGGUAACUACAGGGCUCAUUUUGAUAAUAAGGAUGGUGGUGGGUCUAGGCACAGAGGAAGAGAAGACAGCAUGAAGCAUAGAUAUGAAAUUCCGGAGGAUUACCAUAGCAAACGAAAGAAGGAUGAGGAAUACAUAAGAGAAGAGAUGUUGCAUGGCCACAGGGAAAGUAGUAGUAGCCAUAGAAGAAGGGAGAGAGAUGAUCAGCAGAGAAUUCCCCGGGAUUCCAUGGAAGAUUACCAUUCUUCUGGCAGGCAUAAUAAGGAUGAGGCAUGGCUCUCGCGAGAGAGGAAUGAUAAACCGAGGGAAAGAGAAGAGUUAUUAUAUAGACCAAAACAAUCUACCCACGAAGAGCAUUUUUCAAAACGUGAGAAAGACGAGGGUGGACGAGGUUCUGUGAGGAAUGGGCGGGGGAUUGAUGAGAAAGCAUGGAUUGGCAAUGCUCGAGGGAAAGACGAGUACUUCGCUAAAGAUUCUGUUCGGAAUAGUGAACAGCUGAAGAAGAGAGAACGGGUGGAGGAUGUACGAGGAGGAAACCAAGUUAAUAAUAAGGAGAGAAAAUCUUCAAGGCAUGAGAAGGAAAAGUCGAGUGCUCGAACUGAUCGUGCUGUUGAUACUCCUGAUAACCACAGAUCGUCCGACAAGAGACAUAAAGAAGCGACCAAGAAGCUCAAGGAGCCGGAGGGUGCAGAUUACGGGACACUGGGAUCUUCCAUCAGAAGCCGAGAAGACAAGACUAGUCAAGCUAAUAACUCGGAGGUGAAAGACAGCAGUGAUCGCCAGAACGAUAACAAGCAGAAUCAAGUGCAACGGAACUCCUCUAAAAGAGCUAAAGAAGAUGCAUCAUCAGACGAGGAACAACCGGACUCUAAAAAAGGACGCUCGAAACUGGAACGAUGGACGAGCCAUAAGGAGAAGGAGUUCAACAUGAAUAACAAGUCUGCACCAUCUGCGAAAUUAAAAAAUGGAGAUAAGAACGGCGAUGGUGGGCCCUCUGAGAAGGUUCAGUCUGUCGAAAGGCAGCAUCCGGUGGUGGAAGAGAAGGAUGGUGGUGGCGAUAAUACAGAGAACAAAGAUGGAGACAAGAAGCAGUUAGACGACCGCCACCUGGAAACUGUCGAGAAGUUGAAGAAAAGGAGUGAGCGGUUCAAACUCCCACUGCCCCUUGAAAAAGAUGGGUCUACGACAGUGAAGAAAAUAGAGACCCCGGAUGCAUUGCCACCAAUGCCUCCAGUUAAUAAAACCGAGCCGGUUGCUGAUGCAGAGGUCAAACCUGAGCGUCCUGCUCGGAGAAGAAGGUGGGUAGGGAACUAGAUUCGUCAAGAAUUCUCAGAUGCCUGCUCUUCUAUUAGUGCUGUCACUUACCAUGUUGAGCAGCUUGAUCACGUUAAAGGCUUCACUGAGCUCAAGAUGCCCUCUCAGGAGGAAGGUCGAAAAGCGACGAUCUUGUAACAUGUGUUUGCUUUGAUCUUAUUUAGUUAUUGUUAUAUGUACAUACUGAUAGAUGUAACGCUGAAAACCCCAGCUUAUGCUGCUGCUGCUGCCAUUGUUGGCACGAGAACGAGGAAACCCUUCUGUUUUUUUCUUGUAAGACAAACAUAUCUGUGUUCUUCCCCCAUUUUGGAAGUCGGCCUUCUUUCUGGAUGUGCAGAUGGCUGGAUGUUGAAGCCAUCGUCAGAGUUGAUUCCGAGAGGCUGGAAUCUCCCUGUCAAUGGCCGCUGCUGCGGAGAAGGCGUUGGAUCUAAUCCGACCUUGUAUUAACUGUAUAAGAGAUCUUGUAGUUCUUCAGGCGUUCUAUUUUGUCUUUGAAUUGGAAUGCUGAUAAGGCAGGUAGCGGGAUACCCCCAUAACUUGCAUCUGUAAGACUGUAACGUAGCAACGAGUUUCCAGUUUUUAUAUAUACAGAAGAAAUCCGGUGAAGUUUGC